AUGUGUGCAAGUUCCAUUGAUAUUCAUCCAAAUGCAAGAUGGUCAACGAAUGGUAUCACUGUUGCUGGAGGAAAUGGAAAUGGCAGUCGAACCAAUCAACUCUACUCGCCAUGGGGUUUGUACGUCGACGACGAUCUAACAAUUUAUGUUACUGAUUGGGGAAAUCAUCGUAUUGUUGAAUGGAAAUCUGGUGCAACGAAUGGCACAGUAGUUGCUGGUAGAAAUGGAGAAGGGAAUGGUGCUCAUCAAUUAAAUGGCCCAAAAGAUGUGAUUAUCGACAAAGAGAGCGAUAGUCUCAUCAUCAGCGAUGAAGAGAAUAACAGAGUAGUUCGAUGGCCUCGUCGAAAUGGUACUCGUGGAGAAACAAUUAUUUCAAAUAUCUCUUGCUUCGGUUUGACAAUGGACGACAAUGGUUAUCUCUAUGUCGUUGACAAUGAAAAACAUGAAGUGAGACGAUAUAAAAUUGGUGACACUAAAGGAACGGUGGUUGCAGGUGGGAAUGGAAAAGGAAAUCGUCUCGAUCAACUCUCAAAACCCCACUACGUAUUUGUCGAUCGAGACCAUUCAGUUUAUGUGUCUGAAUGGGAAAAUCAUCGUGUCAUGAAAUGGGAAGAAGGUGCAAAACAAGGCAUUGUCGUAGCCGGCGGUCAAGGAAAAGGAAAUAGUCUUACACAAUUGCAUUGUCCUGAAGGAGUCGUUGUUGAUCAAUUUGGUACUGUCUAUGUGGCUGAUUGUGAGAAUCAUCGAAUCAUGCGUUGGUCAAAAGGAGCCACACAAGGAAGUGUCAUUAUCGGUGGAAACGGUAAAAAAGCACAGUUGAAUCAACUCAAUUAUCCCGUAGGUUUAUCAUUCGAUCGACAUGGCAAUCUCUAUGUCGUUGAUCACAUCAAUCAUCGAGUACAAAAAUUUAAUAUCAAAUAA